UGCAAAGCACAGAAAAAAAUUGAGAUUGAACUAUUUGAUUUUAAAUGUAAAUGCACCGGUGUUUAAGCAAAAUAACAUAUAUGCCUUUAUUAAAGAGAGAAUCUGCAAAAAUUCUUGCAUAAAAAAUUAAAUAGUCAGCAAAUUUUCAAUAAUUAAUGCCUUGGAAACUUCCUGGUUUUCACAAGAGCAAAACAAUGCCUUGCAGUAUUUCGAGGGGAAGGACUGCUAAAGAUCACAAGAAAAGACUAGUUUCCAAAGAUGGCGAUAUUAUGUUUGAAGUACGAAAUGUAAAUGAGCGUUGGCGAUUUUUAGUGGAUCUCUUUACGUCUCUGGUCGCUCUAAAAUGGCGUUGGGUCAUGUUGUUGUUUUGCGCAAGUUAUGUUCUGUCAUGGUUGGCUUUCGGUGGACUUUGGGCACUUCUUGUAGUAGGAUAUGGGCCAGGAUAUUGCGUUGAACAGGUAAAUGACUUUACAAGUGCCUUUUACUUCUCUGUUGAAACCCAACAAACUAUUGGUUAUGGAGGUCGUCAAGUCACUACCAAUUGUGUCAUUGCAGGCUUACUUCUUCAGGCCCAGUCUGUCAUUGGUAACUUCAUUGAGUGUGUUGCACUUGGGUUGAUAUUCACCAAAAUAAUUAGGCCAAUAAAACGAGCAAAAACAGUCGUGUUCUCAAAGAAAAUGCUGGUAAACAAGAGAGGAGGAAAAAUGUGUCUGCUGUUCAGGUUAACAGACUUACGAGAAAGCCAGAUAGUCGAGUCUCAUGUAAGAUUACAAAUGUUUAAUACAAUGGAAGAAGAUGGUAGAGUUUAUCCUUUUCAUCAGCAAGAUCUUGAAGUGAAGUAUGAUUGGAAUUCAGACAGUGACAAACAAGACCAACUAUUUUUGUUGUUACCACUCACAAUUGUUCAUGUUAUUGAUGAAAAUAGUCCAUUCUAUGAUUUGACACCUCAGACGUUACUAACAUCUAGGUUUGAGUUGGUUGCAGUUCUUGAUGGGAUUGUGGAGUCCACAGGAAUGAAUACCCAGGCGAAGACAUCCUAUCUCCCUGAUGAGAUACUCUGGGGGCAUGAUUUUGUAAACCUGUUCCCAGAGGAUCAGUUUGAUAACUUUGAUAAGACUACAGGAAAGUUUUUUGUAAAUUUUGAACAUCUUGAUGAGGUUAUGUCUGCAGAAUUGCCCAACUGCUCAGCAAGGGAUCAACAUGAGCUUUCAUUGACAAGAUCUAGUAUUAUUUAAGCUUUGAAAAUAUCACUCGCACCAAAUUCCUUUUUACUUCUAACCUUACAUGUUGAAUUUAUCUCAA